UUCUCCUCUUUAGUCUUUGGGUAAAUAUAGGUGAUAAUUUACGGGAUUUAUUGGUUUUUAAUUAAAUACAUUUCUAUUAUCAGUGAUUAUUGAAAUGUAGUAAAAUAUGCGAAUAUAGUAUCAUAAGUCGAAAUAAUCUCUAUUUCGAUCCUUGUCAUAUUUUGCAAAACUUGUAUUGGUAUACGCAUCGCAAGUGUAUUUCGUUGAUAAAAUGUCGGGCGACCACAAAACAUUGAUAAAAGGCAGCCCGUCGCAGUACGUGAAGCUGAACGUGGGCGGGACGCUGUUUUAUACAACUAUUGGUACACUUACCAAGAGUGAUAAUAUGUUGAGAACCAUGUUCAGUGGCAGGAUGGAGGUACUGACAGAUUCAGAAGGGUGGAUACUUAUUGACCGCUGUGGAAAACAUUUUGGUACCAUUCUGAAUUAUCUUCGAGACGGCACCGUAGCCCUACCAGACAGCUACCGCGAGAUUAUGGAACUUCUAGCAGAAGCAAAAUACUUCCUGAUUGAAGAGCUCACAGAGUCCUGUCAACAGGCAUUAGCAAAGAAAGAAAGGGAAGCGGAACCUAUCUGCCGAGUUCCUUUGAUUACUUCUCACAAAGAAGAACAACUGCUUAUUAUGUCAACUUCGAAGCCUGUUGUCAAGCUUCUGAUUAAUAGACACAACAACAAAUAUUCAUACACAAGCACAUCAGAUGACAACUUGUUAAAGAAUAUUGAGUUGUUUGACAAGCUCUCUCUGCGCUUCAGCGGCCGUGUGCUAUUCAUCAAGGAUGUAAUUGGAUCAAAUGAAAUCUGUUGCUGGUCAUUCUUUGGACAUGGCAAGAAAUGCGCUGAGGUCUGUUGCACAUCCAUUGUCUAUGCAACAGACAAGAAACACACCAAGGUGGAAUUCCCUGAAGCAAGGAUUUAUGAGGAAACAUUGGGCAUUUUGUUAUAUGAAAGCAGGAAUGGACCUGAUCAAGAUUUAAUACAAGCGACGUCAUCGCGCGGCGCAGUGGGCGGCCUCUCGUGCACUAGUGACGAGGAGGAGGAGCGGUCUGGCUUAGCCCGACUCAGGUCGAACAAGCAGAAUAAUCAAUCUUAGCGGUUACAGUCGGGCUUGGCGCGCCUUCGAAGCUCGAAACGGACUAAUGUCUGAUACCAGGCUGGCUUCUUUUUGCCAUUUUGCUGGCUGCCCUGCUUUGGUCUGUAGACUUAACUGAGCCAUGUUCUUCAAUGUUGGUCAAUUUGACCAUUUUCCCAUGGCUCUCUUGAUUGUGAAGGAAUGAAAAUGGCAUGAGGCAUUUAUGAUUAUAGUCAGAUCAUACUAUGGACAACUUUCUUCUAAUACUAUGUGUCUGUGUCUGUUCUGUGUCUAGUGAGUAUAUUCUGUUAGCAGAAAAUAAUAGAAGAAACAUGACAUUAGAAGUGCUAAAUAAGACGCAGGAUUACAUAAAUAUCUUAGAUUCACAAUUCAGUCUGCACUGUUCGUAGUGUAAACUCCUCUCUCAUAAAACAAUGUGGUUGAUGUCUAGUAUACGAUUCAUAAAUGUAUUUUACAAAAUCUCAGUAUUUGUUGUUCAUGUGUAAAAUUAACCAAUAGAUAAAAUCAGGAGUCACUAGUGGCAGGAGUAUGGGUGUCUUCAGACAAUCAAAUGUACAUUAAUUAAUGUUGCAUAAGGUUAUACAAGUGUAAAAUAAUGUAAAGUACUCUCUAAGAUUGUAUGUGAAACAAUGUGUACAAGCUUUGCAGUACAUCUAUGUCGUAAUUCUAAUAUAAUAAGUAAUUUUACGCUUAUUAUGAUCACACAAUUUACACAGCUCAAGUGAUUUGCCAAAUGAAUGUUGUCUAGUAUUAGAAUCUUGUUCCUGAAGCAUCUUUAGUGGAUGAAGCUCAUAAUUUAAUACAAACUUUUAUUUAAGAUUUACUCCUAUGCCCUAGAUUUGAAAUGUCUAUUUAAUAAUUGGUGUCUGUUAUUCAAUACAUAUUUGCAAUUUUCACUAUUCAAAUAUGAAAGGGUAAUGUGUGUUUGAAAUAUAUUGUAAUGGAUUACUGCAUUGCACUACUUAUAAGGAUUGUCACUUGAUUGGAAUAUACUUGGUAUUUUAAUGUAAAUACAGACAAAUAAGAGAACAUGAAAGAAAGAGGUAGUUUGAAUUGAAUUGGUAGAAAUAAAGUUGUUCUGAUUAAUUAACAGUAUAUUUUGGAAGCGAGUUGCCUAUUGCAACUGUCGAGCGCACAUGCAGCAACUGCAUGAAAUCGGUCGAUAUUCGAGGGUGGCUGCACGUGCUGCUCCUGCUUCAAUGCAAAAACGAUUUCAUGUAAAUACAUACAAACCAGUAGCGUGGCUGCGGCACGUGCGGUCGGCAGUUGCGGUCGGCUGCACACUUCCAAAUUCUUACUUUUUAGUACUAGUAAGGUCAUGGUGUGUAUGAUUUUGCCAAAUUAUGUAGCUGAUGCGAUUGUAAUUGAUUGAUUGAUAAUGGAAUGAAAAUUAGAUGGAAUGGUUAUAUGUUUAUUCAGAUUAUUAAGCAUUCUAGUCUGAUAUUUUAUUGUUCCAUUAGACUUUAAUAAGAGGUAUAGGGUAAUAGUGCUAAGCACAUUACUUUUAUAUAAAAAGAGAGUUGCACUAAACAAAUAAAUAUAUUAGUGUUAUUGAGCAGAAUUACAGAAGUACUAAGACUUUCUUAUUGAAUACUGUCGUAAUUUUUCCACAGUGUGAAAGGUACAUAAGCCAUCAUGCAUAAAUUAGAUUGUUUUUUUUUUCACAAACGGCAAAGACGUUCUUCAUUCACGAUGUCAACAUAGAUCUAGCUAAUAAAUAUGAUGAAUGUAAUUAGAGGCUAAUUAAAUUGAUUGAAGUUAAUGUUGGUUGUUGUACAAAACGAGAUUGGAUAAGGAAUCCCUCCUACGUCCUAGUACAUUGCAAGACUGGUUCCAAGAAGCCGUUUGAGUGGAAAAUCAUGUUAUUGUAAAAUUUAUUACACUAUAACUUAUUAUAUCCUUAUGAAAUAUAAUAUGCUCACUGUUUAGCUGUC